CUUUAAGGAGCAGCACUCGCUCUCUUUGGCCCCAUUAGGAGCGGAGAGGACUUUGUGGUGGGGCGGGCAGAUCGGGUUUGGUUUGGCCUGGCCGCCGCAUUAGGAGCGGAGAGGACGGUGCGGGCAGAUCAGGUCAGUUUUUGUUUCAUUCGCUUCACAAAUGGUGUCGAUUCAGCAAGUUGUAUUAAGUUGUCGACUGGAUAAGAAUGAUGAGCCUGUGGCAGAGAAUUUUCGAAUGGAGGAGGGUCAUCUGCCUGAGGACUUGCAGGAUGGCCAGGUGAAAGUUCACACAAGGUAUCUGUCUGUGGACCCCUACAUGCGUUGCAGGAUGAAUGAAGAUACUGGUGUGCAUUAUUUGCUUCCUUGGCAAGUAUCCAGAGUCGCUGAUGGUGGAGGAGUUGGAGUGAUUGAAGAGAGUAAACACCCACUGUUUCAGAAAUGGGAUGUUGUGACUUCAGUGAACUGGCCUUGGCAGAAUUACGCCAUUGUGGAUGGAGAAAUCCUAACUAAGCUUGAUCCUCAGCUUGUAGGUGGGCACCUCUCCUAUUUCUUGGGUGUUGCUGGUUUGUCAGGCCUCACUGCUUUGCUGGGUGUGAGGGAAAAGGGCCACGUGAAACCUGGAGCAAAUCAAACCAUGGUGGUCAGUGGUGCUGCAGGAGCUUGUGGGAUGUUAGCUGGUCAGAUUGCUCGUCUUGAAGGAUGUUCGAGAGUGGUUGGGAUCUGUGGCACGGAUGAGAAGUGUCAAGUUUUGGUCCACAAGAUGGGUUUUGAUGCCGCCAUUAAUUACAAAAAAGAUGAUAUUACAGAAAAGCUGUUGGAAUACUGUCCGAGUGGAGUGGACAUUUACUUUGACAAUGUUGGAGGACACAUCAGUGAUGUUGUAAUUAGUCAGAUGAAUAAAGACAGUCACGUCAUUCUAUGUGGACAGAUUACCCAGUACAAUAAAGAUGUGCCUUAUCCUCCUCCACUACCUUCUCACACAGAGGCUAUCCUAAAGGAAAGGAAUAUCACAAGAGAGAGAUUCUUGGUGAUAAACUAUUCAGAUAAGUAUGCCACAAGCCUGGUGCAGUUGACCCAGUGGCUGAAGGAGGGGAAACUGAAGGUUUGUGAGACGGUGGUGAAAGGACUGGAAAACAUUGGAGCUGCCUUUGAGUCGAUGAUGAAAGGAGGCAAUAUUGGGAAACAACUUGUCCUGGUCUCUGAGGGGUAAUGAGGCAAAGUGCCCAUUCUUCCUGAAGCAUUGUUGCUACGGUUUUACUGGCUCUGCUACGCUGAGCCCAGCAGUAGAUGUUGUUUCUCUUGCCUUUACCUUUCAGAUGGAGAGAGGAACGUUAGGAAGGAUUGCUAACUGAGGCUUUAACAUAUUACUAAUCUAUUUGUCUAGACAUUUUGUAUAAGUCAUGUCAAUUUAAAUAAAAUUCCUAUGAUCUGUU